UACAAUAUUUGGCGUCUGGCAACACUAUAAAUUUGCUAUUCCGCUCAGACGCAGUGUAUUGUUUUUCGGUUGCAAAAAAGUAGUUUAACUAUUAGAAAAAUAUAAUAAUUUGGACACAAAUCUCUUUAACAAAACCUAAACUUCGACCAAAAUACAAUAAACAAUGUCUUUGGUCUGCGCAAUUACAAAUGAAGUGCCAGACACACCUGUCAUCUCGCCACACUCGGGCGCAAUAUUUGAAAAGCGAAUCAUAGAAAAGUACAUACUCGAGAAUGGUUGCGACCCAAUCACCGGCAAAGAAAUGAAAGUUGAGGAGUUGAUUGAUAUAAAAACACCACCAAUAGUGAAACCGAAACCGCCGAGUGCUACUAGUAUACCAGCCACAUUGAAGACUAUGCAAGAUGAAUGGGACGCACUUAUGUUGCAUUCGUUCACACAACGACAACAAUUACAGACGGCGCGACAGGAACUCUCGCAUGCGUUGUAUCAGCACGAUGCUGCAUGUCGUGUUAUUUCUCGUUUAAAUAAGGAGGUGGCAGCUGCACGGGAAGCUUUAGCCACACUCAAACCACAAGCUGGUAUUGGCACCUCAACUGCGCCAACCUCGAUACCACAACCAGCUAUUGCUGCCGAAGCGGCAGGUAAUGCAACGCAACCUAUUGAGCAGGCUGGCAUGAGUGCCGAAGUUAUACAAAAGUUGCAAGACAAAGCUACUGUUUUGACACAGGAACGCAAGAAGCGUGGACGCACUGUGCCGGAAGAGCUGAUUACCCAAGAACAAAUUAAAACAUUUAUGACUGUUGCUUCACAUCCUGGUCUACAUUCGGCUUCGAUACCUGGCAUUUUAGCUUUGGACAUUAAUAGUGCGGAUCAUAGUAAAAUUUUAACGGGUGGUAAUGAUAAAAAUGCAACGGUAUUCAAUAAGGAUACCGAACAGGUCGUAGCUAUACUUAAGGGGCAUACAAAAAAGAUUACCAAAGUCAUCUAUCAUCCGGAUGAGGAUACUGUUAUUACGGGUUCACCCGAUAUGUCUAUACGCAUUUGGCAUGUGCCCACUUCACAGACACAGUUGCUGCUACGUUGCCAUGAUGGACCUGUUACCGGUUUGUCAUUGCAUCCAACAGGCGAUUAUAUACUUUCAACAUCUUCGGACAAGCAUUGGGCAUUUUCGGAUAUUCGUACAGGGCGUUUGCUAACAAAGGUAAUUGAUACUGCUGAGGUGGGUUUGACAACCGCGCAAUUCCAUCCUGACGGUUUGAUUUUCGGCACUGGUACUGAUGAUUCACAGGUGAAGAUUUGGGAUUUAAAAGAACAAAGUAAUGUAGCUAAUUUCCCUGGACACACUGGACCGAUAUCAGCGAUUAGUUUUUCGGAAAACGGUUAUUAUUUGGCUACUGCAGCAGAUGAUGCCUGCGUCAAAUUAUGGGAUUUGCGUAAAUUGAAAAAUUUCAAGACAAUACAAUUGGAGGAUGGUUAUGAAGUUAAGGAUCUUUGCUUUGACCAGAGUGGUACAUAUUUGGCUAUAGCGGGCACGGAUGUCAGGAUUCACCUUUGCAAGCAAUGGCAGGAUUUAAAAGUCUUUAAUGAUCAUACAGCAUUGGCCACAGGUGUGCGUUUCGGCAAACAUGCACAAUAUCUAGCUUCAACAAGCAUGGAUCGUACAUUAAAACUUUAUGCCAUUGAAUAAAAUAAAAUUAAUGUAUAAUAUGUGGCGUCGAAAGAGAAAGAUACAAUUUCAAUUAUUUACCAUACAAAGUUUUAAAUUCAAUAGUAUCAAUAAAAACCACUCAGUUAAAUGAAUUCGUAGAAAGCUGUAUGCAUAAUGGCUAACAUACUAUAAAUAAGUGUAAUUUAAACUGUAUUUAUCGUUUGUAAUCUUAAACGGCUUACAAAAAUGUAUGUAAUUAUUUUGAAAUACGCCAAUUCCACUUCAUCUAAUUAUAUCUACGUACAUACAAAUAAUACAUAAUCAUUUCUAGAUUUUUCAUUACUAA